AUGAUGGAUGAAAAUGUUGAAUCUUGUAAAGAGAACAACGCUCUUAGCCACAAACUCAGUGAACAGAAGGCAGAAAAUGACUCCGCUACAAAUCUUCCAGUUGAAGAUAGUGCUGUUAUCUCCGUCAGCGUAAAGGAGGAGAUACCAACAAUUCCUAAACCGGCAUCGGCAGGAAAUGCCGACCUUGAUUUCUUGAAAAUGCUAGAUCAACCGAAACCAGAAGCCACAGGGAGCAGGUUUCGUCACUUGUUUACAAAAGCCGAGCAGACGUCUCCCACUGAAAAUACGGAAGACAUAAACACCAAGUUGAGGAAGCUCAAGGCCGAAGACAUAAACACCAAGUUGAGGAAGCUCAAGGCCGGUGUAGAUAAGGCAGCAUCACCCUCAAAGCCACUAUUUGAUAAACCCGCAACGGGACUGUCGCAAACUCAACCGACUGCGUCCGAACUGGAGACCGCGUUGCGCUCCUUGCUCCUCGGUAAAACGGCCGCAGGGUCUGUACCCAAUAUAUCUACGGACACAGCCCUUACCAGAAACACUGCUCCAACUGUACAAGAAAUCGAGGCCGCCGUUCUGCAUGCAUCCUCGGAUUCUAGAAGUUCGCUUGGUAAUAGAGACGUUCUUCAACCGCUCUGUCUAUCGUCAAUACAGGACAAGCAAACGCCAGAUAGAAAUUUGACUGCUACUGACACCCAGUCAUGGAUGUCGACCACGAACGCCGAUGUCCGCCCCCCAAAUCUGCCAUUCGAUAUGACGCCCCUCACAACCUCCUUCGCUCAAACCCAACCCUCCAGGCAGCAACUAAAUCUUCUCUCUAGUUUGGAGCCGAGACAGGCCCGUGACCCCUCUGUGUUAUCCAAAUGGGAAGAGGUCCUAUCCUCUGCAGCAGGCCAGAAAGGCGCCCUUAACGGCCUUUUAAGCAAAAUGAAUGCAGCCUAUUCCACUGCUGCCGAGCGCGUUCCUGGCUGCCUGCCUCCGCCCCCACCCCUAUACGCGCAUUGUCCUCCGUUUCCCUCGACUUCGACAAAUACGACUGCACUUCUCCCUCCGGACCCCGCUGUUCAGCCCAACAGGCGACCAAUUGUCAAAAGUUUUCAGUUUAUUGAUGAAAGUGGCGACUCGCGGAUGCAAAACACAAGGUCAGACAUGCCAGUUGUCCCGCCACCUCCCGGAUUGCCCAGUUACAACCGGACCCAUGCGCCUUUAGCCACCGGGAUAACUCCUCAGAGUUUUCGGGGUCUAGAGGCCAUUCUUCAAUGGAAUCUCAAACAACAGCAGCAGCGACAGGCGGACUGUCGGAAGAAUUUCCCGUCUGGCUUGACAGCUUCAGCUGGCGGCGGCGGCCCGGCGUAUAGUGGUCAGAGUCAUUUUGCUCAACUGGAGUCCUUUGUUUCCAAAGCAUCCGCCUCUACGCCUGGUAUGAAGCCAAAUUUCAAUUCCCCCGAAUUGCCAAUGCGCUGGCAGAAUCAGUUACCACUAGACAAUCAAGCAGGUGGCAGCUUCUCAACGACUGAUCUCUUUCGCUCUGUAACGGAGGUCGAGGCGCUGGCCAACAAGAGUUUAUGA